AUGGACUCGUCUAUGUACCUGUAUGAUGUCCCCCCAGUUUUGAUGGAGAAGUUUUGUAAGAUAAUCGACAGCGGUGAUGACAGCCUCGGAUGGCGCGGGCUCGCGUCGCGUAUCGUGCCAAGUUGGACGGAGGUGCGACGCACCGAGAGGCUGGAGGCGAUAGGCAAGAGCCCCACGCGAGAACUCAUCUGGGCGUGGGCGCAACAGAACAAAACUGUUGGGGACCUUGUGAAGGUGUUGGAGGAUAUGUGUCACUACAGAGCUCUGCAGCUCUUUAGUCCUCAAGUGUGUGUUUUCGUCACCACGUCCUGUUUUCUUAGUCACCCACCUGCCAGCGAGUCGACCCGACCUGGUUGGAACCAGUCUAAUUAUCACGUGUCAAGUGAAGGUAGAAACCACAGGCUUGUGAUCACCUACUCAGACGUCAUAGAGGGAACUAGACAUUUUCACCAGGACAUGAAGAUCUCCGAGGGCAGCUUCUCUGCUGUCUACAGAGUGGUGAAGGGAAAUGAAACCUUCGCUGUCAAGCUCUUCAAGCAGGUGCAGAAAGCCUCAUGGAGGAAGUUGUGGGAUCUAUUCAGGAGAGAGAUGGAAGUUCAUCAUCUCUACCAGCAUCCUAACAUCUUAGAGCUGUUGGGUUGUUACUCUGAUGGUGAUCGUUACUGGCUGGUAUACCCUUACCUUCCCAACGGAUCACUGUUCCACAGACUGCAUGACCAGAACGCAGUGCCUCCUCUCUCAUGGCAGGAGCGCCUGGACAUCAUCAAGGGGACGGCUAAGGCUGUACAUCACCUACACAUGGCCCAGCCCUGCACUGUGGUCUGUGGUAACAUCACAAGUUCUAACAUCCUGCUAGACGAGCGGCUGCAGCCCAAGCUGUCUGAUUUUGGGACGGCCCGUCUCAGACCCCACUCCGUCAGUCAGAGCUGCACCGUUACCUUGGAUACGACCUUCGGAACCCUGGGCUACCUGCCGGAGGAAUACAUACGAGACGGAAAGCUGUCCGUCAGUCUGGACGUGUUCAGCUUGGGAGUGGUUAUAAUGGAAAUUAUAACGGGACGGAAAGCUAGAGAGGAGACUCCUAAACACACCCUGCUGAGAAACGUCCUACGUGAAGAGGUGGAGGACACUGGCAGUGUAGACUCCUGUCUUCAGUAUCUGGACCCGAGAGCUGGUCUUUGUCCCCACUCUAUGUCCUUUACCUUGUUGCGUCUAGCCCUGGACUGCACCUCUACACGACCACGCAACAGACCCACCAUGGAGAAUGUGUUACAGGUAUUGAGCCAGCUGCUUCCCCUGCCGUGCCCACCUGAAGACCAGCCCCACACGCUGAC